UUCAAGAUCUUUCCUCGUCGCUGCUUUCCUCUUGUCAACUCAUUUACCCUUGACCACAUAUCAUUCCAGUUCCUUGGACAUCUUUGUAUCUUCUGCCACUUUAAGACUCCUUCCCAUAAUUCAUUUGUGCUAUCACAUCCAAAAAAAAAGGUUCAGCGAAAUUGUGGCAAUACACUUCCCUCCAGAGUGUGUCAGUAUCUCCUCAUUGUCAAAAUCUUCUUUACUAUUCAGUGGUUAUGGAAGAAACAAAAGAGACCACUAUAUGAAGCACUUGAGAAGAUCAAGUCAGAGCUUAUGUUGUUGGGGUUUAUAUCAUUAUUCUUGACGGUCGUACAGAAUCCAGUGUUUAAGAUAUGUAUCCUUAAGAGUGUUGGAAGCUCUUGGCAUCCAUGUGACAUAAACAAACAUAUUGAUGACCAAUAUCUCGACCCAUGUAGGAUCAAGCCUAAUUCAAAUGCAGGAAAAAGUACAAUUUUCUUCAAAAUAUACAAUUCACCAGCUCCACAUUCUUAUCUUUGUGUUAGCAGUUGCACAUGUGCUAUAUUGUAUUACAACUUUGGCAUUUGGCAAACUAAGGAUCCUGAGAGAUUUAGAUUUGCAAGAGAGACAUCAUUUGGACGUAGACAUUUGCAUUUCUGGAGGAACUCGCCAAUUCUUCUCUGGAUAGUUUGUUUCUUCAGACAAUUCUAUGCAUCGGUUGAACGAGUAGACUAUCUUACUCUCAGACAUGGCUUUGUAAUGGCACAUUUAGCACCUCAGCAAGAAAAAAAAUUCGAUUUUCAGUUGUAUAUCAAUAGAGCACUUGAAGAAGAUUUCACAGACGUCGUUGGAAUAAGUCCAGUAUUAUGGAUAUUUGCAGUGCUCUACUUUCUGACAAAUACCAAUGGUUGGUAUUCAUACUAUUGGCUACCAUUCAUACCCUUAAUUAUAAUACUACUGGUGGGCACAAAACUACAAGUGAUUAUAACAAAAAUGGGACUAAAGAUUCAAGAAAGAGGAGACAUUGUUAAGGGGGCACCAUUAGUUGAACCAGGGGAUGAUCUUUUCUGGUUUAAUCGCCCUGCUCUUUUGCUCUUCUUGAUUCACUUUGUUCUAUUUCAGAAUGCAUAUCAACUUGCUUUCUGUGCUUGGAGCUGGUGGAAAUUUCAUUUGCCAUCUUGCUUCCACAAGAAUGCAGCAGACAUAGCCAUAUCACUCUCCAUGUGGGCUCUCAUUCAAUUUCUUUGUAGCUACGUGACUCUUCCGCUAUAUGCUUUGGUUACUCAGAUGGGAUCAACCAUGAAACCAGUUAUCUUUGGUGACAACGUGGCAUCCGCCAUACGAACAUGGCAUCAGACAGCUAAGCAACGGGCAAAUAAUGGCCGGCCGUCAGAAAAUAUGAGUCCAUUCACGAGUAGGGCAGCCACACCAUUGGGUUGGAGGUUCCUCUCCAGUCCACCAAAAACAUGGUCAAUAUCCUCAUGUUGAACCAUCACCUAAUUCUUCCCGUAAGAGGAGUGAGGGUAAUUCAGAAUCGAGCUUCAGGCAAAGCCUUGAUGGUGGAAGUGAACAACCUGACAUUGAGAUUUCCUUGAAUGAUUUCUCGCUUGGAAACAAAAGUAAUUGAAGUUUUUAGGGCCCACUGUUCUCAGAUACCUUAAUAGAAUCGUGUUCAAUACUAAUACAAUAUUACCUUAGAGUAAUUGAAAUUUUUAUCCCUGUACAUUUCUAAGUGGAAAUUGAGCUACGAAGCGUGAAGAGUGUGUUUGUUAUAGACA